CUAAUAAGGUUAAUGUGGAAGGCAGAUAUUUCUCUGAAAGCUUCCAAAAUUUCUAGUCCUAAAUUUGCCCUAAAAUAUUCAUUGGUCAACUUCUAAUGGCUGUUGAACGCAACCGUCCAAGUUCUUAAAGUCUGAAAAAAGAGGCAAUCCUUCUCUGUCUGGCCAUUCCUGCCUUUGUCUUUGUAGAGGCUCCAACAGAAACAAAGGAUACAAAAGAAGUUGAUGGGGAUUUGCUGGAGUCAUUCAGCUCAUAACCCAACCUCAGAUCAGACAAACAUCGAUCGUGUUACUGCAGGUGAUACAUCUUUUGUAGAUGACAGUGUCUCUGGUUACUCUGCGACAAGCACCAACCUGAUGACAUGGGUAUCUCAAUCAAGCACUAGCUUUACGACCAUAUGGGGCGGAAACGUUAGUAAUGCAAUGGACGGUUUUACUAAUGGACAAUUUGUUACUAACCCAAAUUUGAGAGCUUUUAGUUUUGCACAAAUGAAGGCUGCAACUCAUAAUUUUAGACGUGAUAUGGUGGUGGGAAAAGGAGGUUUUGGAAAUGUCUACAAGGGUUGGCUUAAGGAGAAGGUGCCGCCAGGGGGAAUAAGGAAGACAGCUUUUGCUAUCAAGGCGCUCAAUCCCACGAGCACUCAAGGAGUUCAGGAAUGGUUGGCAGAGGUCAAUUUUUUAGGAAGCUUAUCUCAUCCGAACCUUGUAAAGCUAUUGGGAUACUGCUCAGAUGGGGGUACUUAUUUCCUUGCCUAUGAGUUCAUGAAAAAUGGAAGCCUAAACCGCCAUCUAUUCGGAAAGCGCUCAGUUCGGCCACUUUCUUGGGAUACAAGGCUGAAGAUUGCCAUAGGAACGGCUCAAGGGCUGUAUUACUUGCAUACAUUGGAGAAGCCAGUAAUUUACAGAGAUUUCAAGUCCUCCAAUAUAUUGCUUGAUGAGUUAUAUAACUCGAAGAUAUCAGACUUUGGCCUAGCAUAUGUUGCUCCUUUAAUUGCUGAUUCGCAUGUCACUACGCGUGUAAUGGGGACAUUUGGUUAUAUGGAUCCAGAGUAUAUAGCAACUGGUCAUUUGUAUGUAAAGAGUGAUGUAUACAGUUUUGGCGUGGUUUUGGUGGAGAUGCUAACAGGCUUACGUGCAAUUGAUAAGAAACGUCCGACUGAGCAACGUGUUCUUGUGGAUUGGAUUAAACCACAUUUGGUAAGUAGGAUAAAGUUGAGAAACAUAAUGGACUCAAAGUUGGAUGGAAGAUAUCCUCUGAAAGACGCCUUGAAAAUAGCUCAUCUUGCUUUUAGAUGUCUUCAACAUAAUCCCCAACUUCGGCCAUCAAUGAAAGAAGUUGCUGAAACACUUGAACAGAUUGAAGCUGCUAGUGUAAGAAUGGCGGGAUGGAAUAUUCAAUCAGCAGAACAACAUAAGUAGUUGUCUUUGAUAUCAUCAUCAUAAGUAACAAGAAGUUGCUCGUGGCUCAAACUGAUGAAGGAUUGGUCUAUAGCUGUUCAUGAAGGAGCCUACAUUGCAGAUGCAGAAGAAAAAGCAUAGGGAGUGGAGAUGGAUGGCGUAGGCAGUCCUAAGUCCUAACCAGCAAAGCCACAUCUUUCUGAAUGUGUGCCCAUGAUUUGCUGCAGCAAUAGAUUAGUUUUCUCUAGUCCUGUUGGGUAGGGCAUGCUAUAAUAAUGUUCUGCUUUUUGUUGAGUGUGUAGUCUUGCUAUUUAUCAACAGAUAUCACAUCCUAACCUAUAAGCAUGCCUUUCCGUUGUGUACACCUAUCUAGAGUUAAUUUAGAGCAUGUUGGUCACGACCUUUACGGGUAUCAAAACACUAUCUCAAGAGUUUUAAUGCAGCUGUAAGUUAUGCAUGCAGUCGGGCUCUGAGCUACUAAUCUAAGGGUGAAUUUGAAUGAAUAUCUUAGUGAAAGCAAUACUUUUCGUUUGUCA